AGUCUUGUGACCGGCAGACUCCAGAGCCAAUGAGAACGCACCAUCUGUAAACAUGGCGUCUGACUUCAGGUGGAAAUGUGUGUUGCUCCUUCUCUGCACAUAUUUGCUUUGUAUAUUAGCGACUGAUAGCCAAAAUAAGCCCAAGAAAAAGAAGGAUAUCCGAGACUACAAUGACGCAGAUAUGGCACGGCUCCUGGAACAAUGGGAGGAGGAUGAUGAAAUUGAGGAAGGGGACCUCCCAGAGCACAAGAGGUCUCCCCCUCCCAUCGACUUCGCCAAGGUUGACCCCUCCAAGCCCGAAGAGCUGCUUAAGAUGUCCAAAAAGGGCAAGACUCUGAUGGUUUUUGCCACUGUGUCGGGGGAUCCCACGGAGAAAGAGACGGAGGAGAUCACAGGCCUGUGGCAGGGCAGCCUCUUCAACGCCAACUACGAUAUCCAGAGGUUUGUGGUGGGCUCCAACAGGGCCAUCUUCAUGCUGCGGGACGGCAGCCUGGCCUGGGAGGUCAAAGACUUCCUGGUGGGCCAGGAGCGCUGCGCCGAUGUCACCGUGGAGGGACAGGUGUUCCCCGGGACGGCUGCCAAGAAGCGGGACGACGCCAAGCACAAGCAACCAAGUGAAGGCAACGCCAAGAAGAAGAGCAAGAGGAAGACUGAGAGCAAGAAGCCGGACCUGGAGGGGAACAGUGCUGGCCAUCUGAAACUCGAGCUGUGACGGAGGAACAUUCCCAGGGCUCUUUACCUUUGGCCUUAGUGGAGGG